GCGCCCAUGGAGACAGGCCUGCCGGGUGUACGCCAUGCCAUGGCGCCGCUGCUGGAGUACGAGAGGCAGCAGGUGCUGGAACUGCUCGACAGCGACGGACUGGCGGUGUGCGCCCGCGGGCUCGGCGCCGACCGUCUCCUCUACCAUUUCCUGCGGCUGCACUGCCACCCGGCCUGCCUGGUGCUAGUCCUCAACACGCAGCCGGCCGAAGAGGAAUAUUUUAUCAAUCAGUUGAAGAUAGAAGGAGUUGAACACCUCCCUCGUCGUGUGACAAAUGAAAUUGCAAGUAACAGUCGCUAUGAAGUUUACACACAGGGUGGUAUUAUAUUUGCAACAAGUCGAAUACUUGUGGUUGAUUUCUUGACUGAUAGGAUACCUUCAGACUUAAUAACUGGCAUCCUUGUGUACAGAGCACACAGGAUCAUUGAGUCCUGCCAAGAAGCCUUCAUCCUGCGUCUCUUCCGCCAGAAAAACAAGCGUGGCUUCAUCAAAGCUUUCACAGACAACGCUGUUGCCUUUGACACUGGUUUUUGUCAUGUGGAAAGAGUGAUGAGGAACCUUUUUGUGAGGAAGCUCUAUCUGUGGCCGAGGUUCCAUGUAGCAGUCAACUCGUUCUUAGAACAACACAAGCCUGAAGUCGUAGAGAUUCAUGUGUCCAUGACUCCUGCCAUGCUUGCCAUCCAGACGGCCAUACUAGACAUCCUAAAUGCCUGUCUAAAGGAACUGAAAUGCCACAACCCAUCACUAGAAGUGGAAGAUUUGUCAUUAGAAAAUGCUCUUGGGAAGCCAUUUGACAAGACAAUCCGCCAUUACUUGGACCCUUUGUGGCACCAGCUUGGAGCCAAGACUAAAUCCUUGGUGCAGGAUUUGAAGAUACUAAGAACUCUACUGCAGUACCUCUCUCAGUAUGAUUGUGUUACAUUUCUUAAUCUUCUGGAAUCUCUGAGAGCAACAGAGAAGGCGUUCGGUCAGAAUUCAGGUUGGCUUUUCCUGGAUGCUAGCACAUCCAUGUUCGUGAAUGCUCGUGCAAGAGUGUAUCAUGUUCCAGAUGCCAAACUGAGCAAAAAGGCCAAAACGUCUGAAAAGGUGAAGAGUGCAGAAGGACAAGAAACCAAAAAGGAACUGGUCCUAGAAAGCAACCCAAAGUGGGAGGCGCUAUCUGAAGUCUUGAAAGAAAUCGAAGCAGAAAAUAAGGAGAGUGAAGCCCUUGGUGGCCCAGGCCAGGUGCUCAUCUGUGCAAGUGAUGACCGCACAUGCUGCCAGCUGAGAGACUACCUGACGGCAGGGGCAGAAGCCUUCCUGCUGCGGCUCUACAGGAAAACCUUUGAGAAGGACAGCAAAGCCGAAGAAGUGUGGCUGAAUUUUAGAAAGGGGGACAGCCCAAAGAGAACUGUGAGAUCUGACAAAAGACCCAAAGACGUCCAAAACAAAGAGCGUGCUUCUACCAAAAAGGGGCCUUUCAAAAGGAAGAAGCGAGAGCUGACUCUAACGCAAGUGAUGAGGACUGCUGAGGAGCCGCCAGAGGAAGAGGCUGCCGAGGAAGGCUGGCACAGACAAGCUGGCAGUAGCCCAGGAGGCUGCGGGGGAGAGAUACAGCAGGAAUCAUUUGAUUUAAAUUUGUCAUCUGAUGCAGCCUAUGGCAUCCUCAAAGAGCCCCUGACCAUCAUCCAUCCGCUUCUGGGGUGCAGCGACCCCUAUGCCCUGACGCGGGUACUGCAUGAGGUGGAACCCAGAUAUGUCGUUCUGUAUGACGCAGAGCUCACCUUUGUCCGGCAGCUGGAGAUCUACAGGGCCAGCAGGCCUGGGAAACCGCUGAGGGUGUACUUUCUCAUAUAUGGAGGCUCCACGGAAGAGCAGCGCUACCUGACUGCCCUGCGGAAAGAAAAGGAAGCUUUUGAAAAGCUUAUAAGGGAGAAAGCUAGCAUGGUUGUCCCCGAAGAACGGGAAGGCAGAGAUGAAACCAACCUGGACUUAGCAAGAGGCAUGGUGUCCCCAGAUGCUCCCACUGACACUCGGAAAGCAGGUGGCCAGGAGCAGAACAGCAUACAGCCCAGCAUCGUGGUAGACAUGCGUGAGUUUCGAAGCGAGCUCCCAUCUCUGCUCCAUCGGCGGGGCAUUGACAUCGAGCCAGUGACUCUAGAGGUGGGUGAUUACAUCCUGACGCCUGAGCUGUGCGUGGAACGCAAAAGUGUGAGUGACCUCAUUGGCUCGCUGAACAGUGGCCGCCUCUAUAGCCAGUGCCUUGCCAUGUCACGCUACUACCGGCGGCCCGUGCUGCUCAUAGAGUUUGACCCGGCCAAGCCCUUCUCUCUGGCACCACGAGGUGUCUUCUUCCAGGAGAUGAGCAGCAGUGAUGUGAGCUCCAAGCUCACGCUCCUCACCCUGCAUUUCCCACGCCUGCGACUGCUCUGGUGCCCCUCACCCCAUGCCACAGCCGAGCUGUUCGAGGAGCUGAAGCAGAACAAGCCACAGCCUGAUGCAGCCACCGCCCUGGCCAUCACCGCAGACUCAGAAACACUGCCUGAGUCAGACAAGUAUAACCCUGGCCCCCAAGACUUCAUACUAAAGAUGCCUGGGGUCAACGCAAAGAACUGUCGCUCCCUGAUGAAUCAAGUGAAGAACAUCGCAGAGCUGGCCACCCUGUCCCUGGAGCAGCUCACAGGCAUCCUCGGGCACUCGGGAAAUGCCAAGCAGCUGCACGAUUUCCUCCACACUGCCUAUGCAGACGUAGUGUCCAAAGGCAGAGUAAGAAAGUGACUUCAUUCAGAUCGCUGUUAAUCAUUUGCACAGCAGCUCAUUUCCCGGGUAUUUAGGGGCUUCCAUUCUGUCCUCUAGGUCAUUGGUGCAGAAGCCAGGAGGUGCCCCUGGCUGUGCUGAGGUGUGUUCUUGCCUCCCCUUGCUGUCUCUUGCCUCUCAGUGGUCUGUGCUAGGCUUACAGUGAUCCGUUUUAAAUAAGGUGUGGCGGGAUCACGCCACUUGAAACAAACAGAGUCAGUGUUUGCAUUCAGGCUGGUAAAAACACUCCACCGUGUUCUUAGCAUUGUCUGCACAGAAUAUGGUAGACCUGAAACAGACUGCUGUCCAGCCGUGCCCAGCUGUGCCCCUCAGCAUCUUCAUCUCCCACUCACAGCACCAAACCAGCCCACUAGUCUGAUCAUCAUAUAUAUGUAACAUGUGCUGUGACUUGUUUUUAACAGAAUUAAUUGUUUGUUGACAAGAUUUGAUGAGGUAAUGGAAGACUCCUCUGAAUUCUUGGUUUUCUCAAUAUUUGAUCUCCAAAUUCCUAGUCUAAGCCCAAAUGACAAAUCAGAGAGUCCCCAUCCCACACUUCACUGGUGUAAGAGGCCAGUGCCAUACCAGAAGCGCAGCAUCUGCCCUGCCCAGCUCCUGUCCUGACUGCUUCUCCAUGCCUGGGUAAGGAGUAGAUGUGAGCAGAGGAGGUCGAGGUGCUUUCUAGAUAUGGGUCCCUCCUUCAUAUUAAAGGACAAUAGAUAAGAUCUAUUCAGAGAAACUGUAAGAAUGCAAAAGAAAUGCAGAGAUGUCUAAAGACCCACAGGCCAAGCUCAUGAUUGAUUUAGACUGGCUUUUCUGUGUUAAUGGGAUUCACAGCAUCUUCAUGCCAUUUGCAAACUAUGAUGCUUAAGUAUUCAUUGUUCGUGUGUUCAGCAACAAGCAGUAAAUUUUCUACCUCAAGACUUGACACUGACAGGAUUCUCGCCUUGCCACGUGGUUGAGUGUUUCAUCAGAGUCAGCCAUCUUUUGGUUUGUCAAACUGAGCUGAUCAAAAAGUAGUCAUUGUAACAAAAAUACCGACUCCCGACUUUAACAAAAGCACUUUGAACUGAACCUUUCAUGUUGGCUUCUUGAUUUAUUGGUACUUAACAGUACAGUUGUCCCUCAGUGUCCUUGGGAGAUUGCUUCCAGGACCCUCUGAAGCUGCAGUGUUCGCAUGCUGCAAUCCUUCAAUGGUGCUGAUGUAUAGCCUUUGCCUAGCAUCCUGUGAAUGUGACACCAUUUCUUGGUGGGUUACAGCAGCUGCUUCAGGACAAGUCUGUGGAAGGGCCGGUUUCCUUGUGCUUGUCAAAGGGUAAAGAGUACAUGUUUAGUGAAGAUGCAUCUCUUUCCUGUCUUUACAAUCGUUGAUUGGUGAAAUCCAAGGAUGCAGCUCACUCAGAUCAGGCAUCCUCUCCAGAGCCUGUCAGGAAUGAACAUCAAGGGAUGUCAAGACAGGCAGUUAUCAGUGACUGAUAGCAGGAAAAAAGAUUUUUAAAAGUAAGCUAAAGGUUAAAAAAAAAAAAAAAAAGGAUCUGAACUACUUGUUUCAACCCAGGGUUAAAAAUAUAUUUGCCUUCUGGCUUAGGACAGACCUGCCUCGUGCUCAGCUCAUUAACAUGGGCGUGCCAUGUUCACUUAUAGUGCACAUUCUCUUCUCUCUGCGGAGUCUCACCUCCCUUUUCUGUUGUUCUGUUCCAUAACAAAAAUCUUAAAUAACACAUGCUGUGAUGGGUGUUUCAUUCAAAUUUAAAAUGUCAAAGCUCUUCUUGAUGCCAUUUUAAACAGUCGUUUUUACCUAGUGCAGCAGUCUUCGGCCCAUGGACUUCCAGUGUCCCUCAGCUCCUCAAGUGACACCUGUAGGAAGAAGAAGCCACACAGUCUCGUCUCAGGGGCUUGAGCGUGACUGGUGGCUUCUGUUAGGUUGGAAAUGGUCUUCUCGGGUGAAGACUCACCUCUCCCUCCACUGGCUGUCUGAAAUAUUUCCGGGUGUGGAACACUUCCAGUACAUCCAUCAUUUAUUUGGCUUUCUCAGAUAUUUUUACACAUUUUUAGAAUCUUUGCUGAAGGAACAGGAAGCUGCAAAGUGGAAGCCUGACUUUGUUUCCCAGCAGCAUUUUGCUACAUUUGGUUUUGUUGUUGUUGUUGUUCAAAAUCAUAAAUACCCAGUUUAUUGAUGAGCUCCUGGGUAGCUUUUACAAGACCUCCAAAAGCUAGGUCAGCAUUGUAGUUAUAAGAAAUCACCAUUGGGUUUACUUUCUUAAAUCCUAGCACCUUUCGGUGUUUUUUAAACUGUAUGAGGAGUAACCUACUCAGUAGCCAUUAAGCCAAGCAUGGUGGCCCACAGCCCUAAUCCCAGCUCUGGAGAGGCAGAGGCAGGUGGAUCUCUGGUCUAUGUAGUGAGUUCCAAGCUAGCCGAAUUAUAGAGUAAGACCCAUCUCAAAAACAAGCAAAACUGUGGUGGCCAUCAACACUGUCUUCAGGUAGACAUGACUCCCUUUGGUGGACGCCCACUGAACUGUGGGCUAUAGCUGUCUGAGAGCUUUGUGGUGCAAUCCCACCUCACAGGGAACUGGAAAUGAUCUCAUCCAGCCCCCAUCAGGUGUGGGUUGUUGAGAUGCAGUUACUUAGUGAAUAAGGAGGCUCAAUUUUGACCUUCACUUUUGCUUUUCCAGCAGAUUUGAUUUCAUGCUGCUUUGGAGAACUUCUUGAGGGAAAUUUUUUUAAUUUAACUUAGAAAUAUCCCCUCAAAAGAAUGUUAAGGAAAAGAUGAAAAUGUAGCCAGGCUUUGGAAAAACUGUCACUUUCUUAGUUAUUUUGCUCUCAUUUUUAUGUUAACUAUUUCAUGUCCAAUCCUGAGCUAUGGUAUGUAAUUGUCCAUUGUUUUCAGGGGCACUUGGUAGCCGGUACUGCUGUGCUAUUGAGUGCUGUUCCUUUUUGUCUGUUGUUUUAAUUUAUGGUUGCAUAAGCCGAGAUUUGGCAAGAGAGAUCCAAAAUUGAUAUAUUUACUUGUAGUGUGUAUGUGUGUCUGUCUCUCUGUCUCGGUUUAUUCAGCUCUUCUUUAGCUUUGGGGGCAAAGUAAAAAUGACAAUGUACAGUAAGAGGGCAUAUUUUACUAGCAACACACGAUUACACAGUGAAGCUGUCACACGGACUGGAUGCUUAAAGCAGGCUUGUUCUCAGUCAGUGCUCUGCCUGCCUCUUGUUAGCGUAACCCACAUUCUGUGUCAGCAGUGCACUUUCCUUGGUUGGUCCCUUAACGUGCUGUGACGUCUCUUUAUGAAAGGAGCUGGAGAAGAAAAGCUGAUAUCCUUUGGACAUUGGGGCAUCCAAACAAAGGGUCAACUCCUGUGUUUUUAUUCCUUUUAACUCAAGUUGGUAGAGGUAAAUUGUCCUUUAUAUAGCAGUAAAAUUGAACAUGGUUUCUUAAACAAGUUUAAUUAACACUUUGAAUUGGGUCACCACAGUGGUGUCCUCAUUCCUGCCUCUGCUUUGAAUGUCUAUGCACAGUCCUUUCUAAUGUGUGGGAGACUGGUUAUUUUAUGUAUUUUUUCAUGUUUUAAAACCCUCUGAAUAAAGAUUGACAAACUAUUGAA